UACACGGAGCCCGUCUGCUGUCUGGCGGAGCGCCCUGAUUGGCUGACAGCGGCCCAGGAGGCGCAGUGCAGGCUCGUGAUUGGUUGACAGCUGUCGAUGAGGCGGGAUCAUCUCAGCUCCGACUGUCAAGAUUGGCAAAGAGCUGGCGCUGCUGCGUGCAGGUAAAAAGAAACAAGCGACACAAAACAGAAAACAUUUAUCUUGGCAGAAAGCGAGGAGUGCGAUGGAAACGGAGUCUCCGGUGAAACCUUUCCGUGCGGCAGAACCCCAAAAGCGAGGCAUUUAAGUCGGUCAAAAAAGCGCAACACCUUCAGCUUCUUGGAAGAAAGUGCCGUUGUGUCAACCAUCGCUUGGCUCGCGGGCACGCUUUGUACAGCAAGCAACUUGGACAGCUGCGUGUUUUCAAGCAAGCCAUCAACAAAGAAUGAAAGCAUUCAAACGAGCUCUGGAAGAAGAGCAUCGCCCGGAGCAGGAGCACUCCUCGGCUGUGUCGGACAGUGAUGACGGCUCCCCGCUCGACCUGUCAGGAAGGGGGCUCUUUGGGAAGCGCCGUCGCCGCGGCAACCUGCCCAAGGAGGCGGUGCAGAUCCUGCGGAGCUGGCUGUACGAGCACCGCUUCAACGCCUACCCGUCUGAGCAGGAGAAACUCAGUCUGUCGGGCCAGACCAACCUCUCCGUGCUGCAGAUAUGUAACUGGUUCAUCAACGCACGUCGCCGCCUCCUCCCUGACCUGCUCCGCAAAGAUGGCAAAGAUCCCACCAAGUUUACUAUCUCCCGCAAGGUUGGCAGUAAAAGUGAAGGCCACUCGUCUCAUGGAGGCAGAGCCAGCUCUCCAGAAAGCAACUCUUCCACCUCCUCAUCUCAACAACGCCCGUCUGUCAUCCGCUCUGCCCCUACACUGGACCUCAGUCUCCUUGGGAGCACAGCAACGGCUAUUCUGACAGGAGCGGGCUACCCUGGUAAGGAAGGGUCGGUGCAGGCGCUGAUGAAGCUCGAUGCACAAAGUCUGCUGAGAGAAGCAGAGGAGCAGGGGGUCAAUACGGUUUGUCUCACCAGCACAACAAUGGCAGCUAGCCCCACCGGUGGUCUCUUCAACACGCCUCCCCCAACUCCUCCCGAGCUGUUCCCCAGCCAGGACUUCAGCGACUUGAGGCUCCUGGUCGAUGCUGCUCUUCAGAGGGCAGCAGAGCAGGAGAAUCAGAAGAGGCUCCAGGAAAGCCAGAACAGACCUACAGAGGCUGUAAAGACUGAACCAGUGGAGGCACAGUGCAAUGCUUACGGUAGUGACAUGGGACCUACACCGCCUCCAGAGGACAACCAGCAAGUCAUGGAUCCUUCCAGGGUGCAGAGUCUGAUGGAGAAGGCUAUGGCUGUUCCUGCGUCAGCUGUAACUUCAGUAAAGGCUCCAGUGCCUCUGUCUUUAGCAGCCUCUGGUCCAGUCCAAGCUCCAGUCUUGGUCCCAGCCCCAAGGCUAUCUCCUCUCCCGAUGAAUAAAGUCAUCUGGAGUCCCUUGGAGAAGGACACUGCCAGAGCCUCCAGCCCAAAUCAGACUCAGCUCACCCCAGCCCAUCUGCCAACCAUAGUGCCAGUGCCUGCCUCAGUUUUAGGACAGCCGAAUUCCCAGAAACCAGCUGCUGCUCCAGCCCUCACCCCAGCUCCAGCCACAAGCUCAGUUCCAGCUCCACUGCCCACCGUGUGUCCUACGAGUGCGUCAGUGGCAGCCACAAGGCCAGUCUCGUUGCCAUCGCAAGUCCUCCCAGCCACAAGUCCCACCUCCGUCACUGCUCCAAGCCAGGCGUCACCCCACACCGUAGCGCUUGUUCCAGCUGCUCGUUCUCCAGCCAUCGCCUCUUUCACAGACCCCAGAGGAGUCCCUCUUUACGUGCCGUUCCACAAAUCCCCCAUAAUCCCAGUCACAGUUCCUUGUCCAUCACCACCAGUUUUAACCACAGCGUCGUCUCCAGCCCCUGUUCACAACCCAGUCUUUGCCUCUGCCCAAACUCCAACUCCUCUCCCUACUUCAGCCCCAACAUCCUCCUCUACGCCAACAGUUACACCUCUCCUGGGCCUUGCUUCCCACCUCACUGCUCCUCUUCAGCCUUCCUCCUCCACCACCAGCAGCAGCAGUAGCAGUAUAAAUAGUAGUGCACAGAGAAACACAGCAGUGGUGCCCAGUGUUUGGAGCAUGGUCCAUGCUGAUACAAGGCAACCCACUUCUCUUCAAGUUGUAAAGACCCCCAUCACCACAGUGUGGGGCCCUCAGCACAGCCUGCACACAGUGAGUGAAACUGUGAACUAGGAGCUGGAAG